UAUUUGCUGAAGAGAGCACAGGAGCGCAAGUGUCCACGUUUGAUUCAUUUAAAAUCACUUAAAAUGGAUUAACUCGAUUACAUUUUAGUGUCAAUGCCUAACAGCUGUCGAAAUGUUUGGAUAAAAGCGGACAGUUUGGAGUUACACUUUGUUUGCAGGUGUCCGGAGAAUAAAACGCUGGCAGCUCUGUAGAGUUUCUGGCUUUUCUCGUCGCCACAAUUUACUGAAACGCCUUCUUUUCUUCCAGCCAGCCACAACCCUCCAUCAAGGGUAUGAGCUCAGAGGAGCAGGACCGGCUGCGCUCCCUUUUUCACGCCUACGACGUGGACAACUCCGGGCGCAUCGAGAGAAACGAGUUUCUCACCAUCUGCGCCGAGCUGCAGGUGUCCGCGGCCGAGGCCGACCGGAUAUUUAACCGGCUGGACGUCGACCAGGACGGAACCGUCACCCUGUUGGAGUUCAUCAGCGGCUUCCACGACCGCUACGGAGAGGACAUGGAGCAGGACGGAGGAGACGUGUCCGCCGCCUGGGAGCGCUUCCAGGGCAAAAUGGGCGAGCAAGCCAAGUUCAUCCCCAGGAACGAACAAGCAGCUACGUUGUACCAGAACGUCAGUCUCACUGAGCCUAGACUGAUACCUCAGCUUGAGAAAGUCAUCAUAAACUUCAUCAAAGAGAUCAAACAGCAGAACACAGAGAUGGAGAACCUGGCGCUCGCCAUCAAACGAGCACAGGACCAAGCAUCAAUGCAGCUCAGUGAAAUGGAGGAGGAAAUGGACCAACGCAUUCACGCUGCUGAGAGAAAAACACGAGAGCAGGAGAAGAAGCGAACAGAAGCUGCGCUGAGUGAGUUACGAAGAAGUUAUGAAACUGAAGUGUGUGAGCUGCAGUGUAAGAUCCAGAGGAUGCAGAUGAUAGAAGAGAAGUACAACAACAUCACUGUGAAAGAUGAGAGCCCAGCCUUGAAGAAGAAGAUCAAUGAGCUAACACUGGAGAACCAGCGGUUAAAACAGGAGCUGCUGAAGUCUCAGACCAAAGUUGCCUGUCUGCUUAGUGACAUGGACUCGCUAAAGACGGAGCUAACUGAUCAAAGCAUGAGCUCUGAAAGAGACGAGGAGCUCAUGAAACACUUCACUGAUGAGCGAGACCACUUGGAGAGUCAGAUCGAGAUCCUGCAGGCAGCGAACAGGAAGCUCCAUGACAGCAACGAUGGCUUGAGGGCCACUCUGGAGAGGAUCACCAGGUCUGGUAACGGGGGCUCACCAGGAGACAUAAAGGACAGAAGCAGAAGUAAAAGCAUCUGCUACACAUCACCUUAUGCCUUAAUGGAUAGGUUCUGCCAGCGUAUGGAUGAUUACCCUCUGUACAGCCGCCGGCCCAGCUGUGACACUCUGGCCUUGGCUAUGUGUGACCCAGGCCUGAGGCGCAGACACAGCAGUGAGUGUGAGGAGGACAGCCUGCCUGAGAUCUACAUGGACAGCGGCCUGUCGACACUCAGAGGUUCUCAUGGAGGCUACGACUCAGAGCAUGAGGUAAAAGGUCAAGAAGAGGAGGAAGAGGAGGAGAGAGGGGAGAAGAAAGUGGAGGAUGACAACAAUGAUAGCAUGAUGGGAGAAAACUCUGACAUUGAGCCAGCAGAGACACAGGACAGUGAAUCAGCGAUUGGGUCAGACAGCAGCUCAGUUUUGGACUGGAAGCCAUCUGAAUCCAUUAGUGUGUCCGAACCCCCCGCCCCAACUACAAGAAAGGCCCUCAGUGCCAUCAGUGUUCAGAAGGAGGACAAGGACAGCACUGACCUGGGUUACAUGACAUCAGAGAAGGCAUACAGGAUUGUGUUGGCUGGAGAUGCUGCUGUGGGGAAGUCCAGCUUCCUGCUUCGCCUCUGCAAGAACGAAUUCAAAUUAAACUCCAGCGCUACGCUGGGAGUGGAUUUCCAGAUGAAGACACUAAUCGUGGAUGGAGAGCCCAUUUUACUACAACUGUGGGACACUGCAGGACAAGAGAGGUUUCGCAGCAUUGCAAAGUCUUAUUUCCGCCGGGCGGAUGGUGUGUUGCUGCUGUACGACGUCACCUGUGAGAAGAGUUUCCUUAAUGUUAGAGAGUGGGUGGACAUGAUCGAGGAUGUGUCCCACGAGGAUAUUCCCAUCAUGCUUGUGGGUAAUAAGUGUGAUCUUAGACAAGAUGGAGUUAACUGUGUUCCUACCAGCUAUGGAGAAAAACUGGCCAUGACAUACAACACUCUAUUCUGUGAAACUAGUGCCAAAGAAGGCUCCAACACCUUGGAGGCUGUGCUGCACCUGGCCAGGCAAGUAAGGAAACAGGCUACUUUUGAUGAAAAAAGUAAUUACCACUCGCUGCCCAGCUUAGAUGCUCCCAGGAAAAAACCCAACUUCACCUGCUGCACCUGAUCAAAUUCAUCAGAGCUAGACCUUCACAUCUGACUCAAUGUGAACUCAGCAUAGGUGGAAAAGAGACUACAGAUGCAGAAAUGAGACAUGCAUAAUCUCUGCAGCAACCAGCAAUGGGAACAAAUCAUCAUCAUGAAUGACCAGCAGCAGAAUAUCCACAACUUCAUGCAUUUCAGCCACAGCUUGAAGUCUAAUUGUUCUGUAUUUUAUUAAUCUGAGAAUGUUUAAUGUCUGUGUAAACCUCUUACCAUGUGAAACUUUUUAUUGUGCUAUUAUGCACUGGAUACUCCAAGCACAUCGUGAAAAGAGGAGAACAGCUGUGAAAGUGAAGUGAGAAGGAAUUGGAAGUGAAGCCAAGCGUAUGAGUAUGUUUUUUAAAGUAACAUUAGUAUGUGACGCUGACAGAUAAUUGCAUGUGAUGAAGGAGAAAGAGUUAUUUUAGCAUAUCGUUAUGUGAGAAUGGAUUUUUAACUAGUUUUGCUAUUAACUGUGGCAGUUAUCUAAUUACUUCUGAGCUCAGUUAUCAUCGAUGGAAGUGGCGGUUUGAAAUGGUGUCUGCAGCGUGUUGGUGGCCUGAAAGGAAACAGAAGUUGCAAAUGAACUGCGUCGAUUGCCGACAUGAAGACACUGAGAAAUAUGGGAGAACUCUGGCACCCUGGUGCAAUGUGUGAUUGUAUGAGUCUUUAUGCUAAUGUCACAACCCAUUGUCUUUUAUUAUUUUACCCCACAGUGUUACAUUUGACGUCCCCCUGAGGAUGACUUUGUGUUAUAGAAUUUAUAUUUUUGGAGCUGAUCAUACAGCAGAUAAUUCAAUUUGCACCAUUUAAACACUUACUGUUAUUUUAUUAUCUGGUAUUAGUAAUGAAAAUUAGGAAUGCAUAAAAAGGGUUCCCAGGAAGCAGAGCCUUUAUUUGUAUCCCUCAGAUUCAGUAUAUGACACUAAUUCUGUUUAAAUGCAUACAUGUGAUCUUGAGUAUGUCUUAUUAUUAUUUUUUCAUGAUAUCUCCAUAUUAUCAGCCUACUGAGAGGUGGUGUAUAAAGGUUCAGUAUGCUUCAAAUGAAAUGCUUGUUGGAUUCUCAAAAAGUGUCUGAAACCCUUCUACCUAAAAAAUAAAACCCCUCCAAAUUGGGGGACUGGAUAUAUAUAUAUAUAUAUAUGUACACCUGUCAAACACACACACACUUUUGUGCUUUUGCAAUAUUGUCUUUGUUACACUAACGCCAAUAAAGCAAUGAAAUGAUACAUAUACAUACAUACUUUACAAACACAUUCAAAUUAGUUUACUUAGCAGCAGUUUUUGUAACUUUUUGCCACUGACAGUGUAACAGCCACAUAGUGAUUGGCCAGGUUUUUUUCAUUAUUCACACCAUUACUUCGUCAUUUGUGGUGCUGUACAUACAAGAAGGUGCCACCAAUGUCUCAAAGGAGAGACGAAGUGUUUGUCUAUCUCCCUUCAUACGAUUUAUUUCCUUAAUGAUAGCAGGCUUUUCACCACAACAAGAAUAAACACUUCGUGUUCGGAAGUAGAAACUAGUUUGUUCGAAGCAUACUGAAGCCUCUAGACUGUGUUUUCAGACGCCACCUGUUUGUGUAACCUGGCUCUCAGCAUCAGUGUCCUUAAUUUUGAGUUAUCUAAAUGUGCAUGUAGCGCAUAAGUUAUUUAUUUCACACAGAUUAAGUUUUUGCAUAAAAGUCUUUGCUAAUGUUGAAAGAGUUGCAACUGCAAAGUUACUGUCUUUGCAACUGAGGUAUC